CAAAAUAUGCUUCUGUCAAAAGCAGUUGCCGACGGCGUUUGCAGGGAAUCAUUGAACUCUGACUCGUGAAGGGUAGCUCCAAUCAGGGACCAUAAUGGCAAAGUCGGCUUUUGUCUUUUCAAGUUUCACACGUAACACUAGGCGGCACGUCGAAGUCGGCUGAUGAUAUAGAGGGUCGAAAAUCUGGGGAAAAAGCCUUCACUCCUUUAUUGAUAUUCACCUUCUGAUAUAUAUAUCCUGGGGAUUAUCUGAAAUACCGCUUUACAAAGCAAGCAAUUCAGGUCUCAGAGCCCGAUUCUCAAUCUUAUUGUAUAUCUGAAGAAUUCAUUCUUUUCCACCAUUGCUGCUUUUCCGGGACACCCCAAUCUUUGCUUCUGUUUCUUGUACCUUGCACAAGAAAGAAUUUAUCAGGGGUUGAAUAAAGAAAGCUUGUAAGUGAAGUAAUAUCUUGGUAUAAGCUCUCUCACUGAUAUAAUCAUAGUAAGAAACACAAAACUCCGAUAUUUCCAUACAGCGUUUGAAAAUUCUACACAAUCAAAAUGGGUCACUUCACAACCGUCUAUGCCGAGAGAGAUGGACAAGCUCUCGAGGACCUUUCGGACAACAUCGAUGCCGUCAAUGUCCUCAAGGCUGAUAUGAAGAAGGAGAAGAGCAUGCAUGAGAAAUCUGAAUUCGAUGCCGACAAAGACAAGACCCAAUUCCGACAAUAUGAAGAUGCCUGCGACAAAGUCAAGGACUUUUACCGAGAGCAACACGAGAAGCAAACCGUGGCCUACAACUUGAAGGCCCGAAAUGAUUUCAGAUUCAAGACCAGAGCAGAGAUGACCAUCUGGGAGGCUAUGGAGAAACUCAACACCCUUAUCGACGAGUCCGACCCAGACACUUCAUUGUCACAAAUCGAGCAUCUCCUCCAAGCCGCCGAAGCUAUCCGAAGAGAUGGAAAGCCCCGCUGGAUGCAACUCACUGGUCUGAUUCACGAUCUCGGCAAGCUCCUCUUCUUCUUUGGUGCUGAAGGUCAAUGGGAUGUUGUUGGCGAUACCUUCCCAGUAGGAUGUGCUUUCGAUAAGCGAAUCAUCUAUCCCGAUACCUUUAAAGGCAACCCAGACCACGACCACCCCGUCUACGGAACCAAACACGGAAUCUACACCCCAGGUUGUGGUUUAGAUAACAUCAUGCUCUCAUGGGGACAUGACGAAUAUCUAUACCAUAUCGCCAAGGAGCAAUCCACAUUACCUGUUGAGGCUUUGGCUAUGAUCCGGUACCACUCAUUCUACCCAUGGCACAGUGGUGGUGCUUAUUACGAAUUUAUGAACGAACAUGACAAGGAGAUGCUUAAGGCUUUGAAGGCUUUCAACCCUUAUGAUUUGUAUAGCAAGAGCGAUGAUGUUCCAUCGGCUGAGAAGUUGAAGGUAUGUGAAUAAUAUAUUUCAUGUGGAAUAGAAUACUAAUAUGCUCGCUAUAGCCAUACUACAUGGAACUCAUUGAUGAGUUCUUCCCAACGAGAGUCAUCAAGUGGUAAAUAACGAUACAUCGCUGCAUCUCGUCAGAGACCAAAAGUUUUCGUACUGUCUUUCGCGAAAUUUUUCCUCCGUCAUUUGAGAUGGAAUUUGGAUGGGAGGGUUUAGAUUUCCCAUUGUCCGCGUUUGUUUUGGAAGAAAGGGCCGUUUUCUUUUUUUCGGCUGGGUACACAGGACUUGGUAGUUAUUGAGCUCUGAAGUAGGAAUAUUACGAAUUAUGAACAUGACUUUAUCAUCAAAAAUC